AUGUCUGAAAGUUUAAAAGACCCAAACUUUUUGAUUAUAGUGGCUGAUGAUUUGGGUUUCACCGAUGUCGGCUGCUUUGGAGGAGAAAUUAAGACGCCAAAUCUUGACAAAUUAGGAUUUGAUGGGCUUAGAUUUUCCGGGUUCCACACUGCAUCAGCCUGUUCUCCUACUAGAUCUAUGUUAUUUAGUGGAACCGACAAUCAUAUUGCUGGUUUAGGUCAGAUGGCAGAAUUUUUGAAAAGAUUUAAGGAUAAACAGGCCUUUGCUAAAAAACCGGGCUACGAAGGCUUUUUAAAUUGGAAAGUUGCUUCAUUACCGGAGAUUAUAGGCAACGAAAGAUACUACAAUGUUAUUUCCGGUAAGUGGCACUUAGGCCUAGACGAGGAAAACUGGCCCAACUCAAGAGGGUUUGAAAAGACCUUUACCUUGUUGCCUGGUGCCGGUAACCAUUACAAAAAAAAUGUUCAUUUCAAGGAUUUUUUGCCCUUUUUAUAUGCUGAAAAUGGGAAAAAAUUGGACCCUGCUGUGGAAAUCCCUGAUGACUUUUACAGUACCGAAUAUUUUACUUCUAAAUUUUUGGAAAACUUAAAAGAUAAGGAGGCUAGAAAGGGAAGACCAUUUUUUGGGUGUUUGACUUAUACUGCUCCACAUUGGCCACUGCAAGCACCAAGGGAAACCAUUAACAAAUACAAAGAUGUUUAUGCAGAUGGUCCAUUCGAAUUGAGAAAAAGAAGAUUGGAGAAAAGUAAGGAACUAGGUAUUAUUGACGAAUCUACUGUUGCUCAUUUAGUCGAAACACACAAGACCAAAAUUUGGGAUGAACUAAGUGAGGAGGAAAAAAAGUAUGAUAGCCGUGUAAUGGAAGCUUACGCAGCUAUGGUUGAUGAAUUGGAUAAAAAUAUUGGCAGGGUCAUUGAUUAUUUGAAGGAAACGGGUGAAUUUGAAAAUACCCUAAUUGUAUUCAUGUCUGAUAAUGGUGCAGAGGGGAUGCUAAUGGAGGCCAUGCCAAAUGGAUGGGCCCAUGCUAAAAAAAUUAUUGAGGAAAAUUAUGACAAUUCUUAUGAAAAUAUUGGGAAUGGAGAUAGUUUUGUUUAUUAUGGAGAUUUGUGGGCUCAGGCUGCUACUGCGCCAAGAUAUAUGUAUAAAAUGUGGUCUAGUGAGGGUGGGAUUAAUUGUCCACUAAUCUUUCACUAUCCAAAACUUCAUGAAAAUUGGAAAGGUCCUAAAGUUAUUGAUCAAUUCUGUACUGUCAUGGAUAUAGUCCCAACUGUCUUAGAGUUAUUGAAUAUCGCACACCCAGCCCCUAAUUUUAAAGGUAGAGAGAUUUAUCCACCUAGAGGUAAAUCUUGGAUACCGUUAUUGACGGGGAAAAGUGAAAAUAUUUAUCAAGAUGACGAAUAUGUUGGAUGGGAAUUAUUUGGUCAACGAGCUUUGAGACAAGGUAGGUAUAAGAUUUUAUAUAUUCCAAAACCAUUUGGAUCAGGUGAAUGGGAAUUAUACGAUAUUAAAACAGAUCCAGGUGAAACUAUUAAAUUGAACGAUGUGUAUCCAGAUAUUUUGGAUGAGUUAGUUUCCAAGUUUUCUAAGUACUCUUACGAGACAGGCUUGGUGUAUUUUGAGCCUUACGAUGAAGAUACAAAGGUCAACAGAAGAAUUAUCAAAGACGAUUAA